CGGGCCCGGAGUGUGAGUGCUGCAGAGGGUGGACGGCUGCGGCUUUGAUGUCGAUUCUACAAGCCUGCGCACUAGGAGCAAUUUACACUCUCCACCGAACCUACUAACCCACAUGUAUUUGGGAGGAAACGAGUGCCAGGAGGAAAUCCACGUGGCCAAGGGAGAACGUGCAAACUCCACGCAGACGGAACAAGAGGACACAAGCUGAGCUCUGGAUGGUGAUCGUUCCUCACCGAAGCCCCAAAGCUCCACCCCGUCCCUUCGGGCAUUGUGGUAGCAAGGGCACUUAUUGGAAAGUAAGCAUCUGGAGGAGUGGAGGAAACUGGUGGAGCUGCAUUUUUGAGAUGGUUUACAGUACUGGGCGUGUCGAGGAGACUUUAUUUCAAGUGACCAAAGCACGGGCACAGUUGGAGAUCACAUGCAAGUACAGAGGUCCUGCAGGUUUGACUAUCCUGGUUUGUGGAGCAUGAGCGAGACCUUAAAGAAGACUGCUGGUCCAUUGUAUGAGCAACAGUGCUUCUAUUGAACUGUGAACCUUGGAGGUUUCUUCCUGUGUGUCUGAAAGCUCUGAAGACCCAUGAAUGAGUGAGAUUGGUGAACCUCUCCCAUCUGCACCAACUGAGCCAGUCCAUGCCACGGCAAGUACAUUGGAUGGGAAGGGUUGCCUUCAGGAGGGAGGUCUGCUCCACAUUGUGAAGGAAAAUUCUCGGUUACGGGAACAAAUGACUGUCUUGCAGUUGGAGCUGGAGGAAAAGACCCGUCAGCUGUCAGAGCUGGAACAGCACCUCAAAGAUGUCCUUCAGGACAGAGCUGAGAGGGAAGAGAGGCUAAAUAAGCGCAUCAGGGACUGCCAUCUAGCCCUGGCCAAGCAGUCCACACCAGGAGUAAAGUAUAUGACCAAAAAAAUGGAAGUUGAAUCAUCGAGGAUGAAGCAGGAUUUAGAAGAAGCCCAGUCCAGGAAUCAUUAUCUUCAGGAACAGAUUGGUAUCCAGAGACAACUGCUGACAGAGCAGGAACAACAGCUUCAAGACUCUUGGCGAGCGUCAGCUCAGCUUCAAGCUCAGAUCAUGAUGUACGAGGCAGAGCUCGAGCAAGCACAAGGGGAGAUGCUCACAGCACUUCAGAAAAUGGAAGAUGAGAAGAACCAAGCCAUUGAAGAGGUCUUCCAGCAUGCCCGCUCUGAAAUGAAGAUCGUGCAUGAUAAUCUGAAUGGUGUUCGAAUGAACCUCCUCUCCAUCCAACCAGCCCUAAAGACACUGACUAGUGAUUACAACUGUCUGAAGAAUCACGUACGGGAUUUUCCCUGUCUCCUGCAGGAUGCUGUCAGCCAAACAAAGAAAGAGAUUUACCAGGCGGUGGAGGAAGCGAAGGAGAUAAACCAGGAUCUUCUACGCAAGUACAAGCGGGAGAUGCAGCUCCGCAAGAAGUGCCACAAUGAGCUGGUGCGGCUUCGAGGAAAUAUUCGUGUCUUGUGCAGAGUUCGACCUAUAACCAGGGAGGACGGUGCGGGGCCUGACAACAGGAAUGUCGUUUCCUUCGAUCAAGAUGAUGAUGCAGUCUUGUACGUCUCGCAUCGUGGAAAAACCUCCAUGUUUGAGCUGGAUAAGGUUUUUCAGCCGUACGCAUUACAGGCAGAUAUAUUCCGGGAGGUUCAAGCUCUCAUCACGUCCUGCAUUGAUGGGUACAAUGUCUGUAUAUUUGCCUAUGGACAAACUGGCUCUGGGAAGACCUACACAAUGGAGGGCUUGCCGGAAGACCCUGGGAUAAACCAGCGCGCUCUCCAGCACCUAUUUGGUGAAGUGGCAGAGCGCUCAACAGACUGGGACCUCACCAUCACUGUCAGCAUGGCUGAGAUCUACAACGAAACCCUCAGAGACCUGCUGGGGUCUGACCCCCAGAAGACUGAGGAUCUAACUAUGAGGAACUUGUUGGCCAAGGACCCCAGCGAGAAGCUUGAAAUAAAGCUGAGUCCCGAUGGCAGUGGGCAGCUCUACGUACCAGGCCUCAUUCAGAUCAGAGUACAGAGUGUGGACGACAUCAACAAGGUUUUUGAACUUGGGCGUGUGAAUCGGGCCACAGAUUUCACGAAUGUGAAUGAACGCAGCUCCCGGUCCCACGCUCUGCUUAUCGUUUCCGUGACCGGGAUAAACCUCACCUCUGGAGUUCGAACAACAGGUAAAUUAAACCUGGUGGACUUGGCAGGCUCUGAGCGUGUUGGAAAGUCGGGGGCAGAGGGACCCCGGCUGAGAGAAGCCCAGAAUAUUAACAAAUCCUUGUUGGCCCUGGGUGAUGUCAUCUGUGCACUACGGUCCAAGCAGCCGUACAUCCCUUUCCGUAAUUCCAAACUGACCUACCUGCUGCAAGACUCCCUCAGCGGUGACAGCAAAACCCUCAUGAUGGUCCAGGUGUCUCCAAUGGAGAAAAAUGUCAAUGAGACCAUUUGCUCACUGAAGUUUGCCCAGAGGGUGCGGUCAGUGGAGCUGGGAGCUGCUGGACGCAGGGUUGAAAACCAGCAUUGUUCGAGCCGCCAGGAAUGUGAGUUAGAAUCUUCACUGUCAGCUGCCCAACAGGGACGACACAACAGCUAUCCAGGAGGGAACAUUGUGGGGAAGAGCACAGCAGGGAAAAGAAGGCUGGUGGCAUCAAGUGAAUUGAACCAUUGAUGAGGUCAGUAGUGCUGCCUGGAGCAGUGGAAGAUUGGAGUGCGGUAUCCUGUCCCAGUAUAUAAAGUUCAGCAAGUCAACACAUCCCAGUAAUAGAUCACAGGGCAAUGACUGUAUAUUUAUAUACUUCAACUCCAUACAUACAGCCUGGUUUUUAAAAAGUUAAUGCACGGAAUAGAGCUCAUUACUUAUUUUUUUUACAUAUAAAAGAUUUUUAUAUUGUCUACUUUUUUUUAAACCUGUCAUUUGAUAUCCAAAGGUAUUCAAUGAGCUCCCAUACAUUGUCCUUUAUAUGUUCUAAUGUGUACUAGUUUUACUCUUUGUACUGCAAAUCUUGGGCUGCUUGCAGUCACUAUAGGUUUUGGGCAAAGUGCCAAAUAUUGUAUUAGGUGAAGUUGCACUGUGAUGAGUUCGGCACGAAAUAGUUGUGAAGAGUGACCUAUUUAUUAAAAAUGUCAUUAAGGACUUCCUGGCCAGGGAGUGACUCAUGCCACUUGCAGAUUUUGGCACUUUCUUCUUUUCCGAUGGAAUUCCAGUUUGUGAGUAAAUGCACAGUUAUGGUAUUUAGCCUCAUUGACCAGAAAUCCCUAGACUUUGUUGAGCUGGUCUUUGGUUGGCUACUGCAGAUGGUCUCACUGACUUUGGAUUGCAGUUGAAUUUUUGUUCAAGUAUUUCCAUGUUUUAGAGUGGAAACGAGGCCCCCAACUUAACUGGGGAUCAGACACCUGACACUACCUGCUGAUGGGGACAAGUGGAGGAUGACCAGUUGGGCCAGAAAAUUAGAAAGUGAUUCCAGUGAAAGGUUACCAUCCUCCAGUGGGGUAAGUAAGAAACUGGUUGGGGGUGGGGGAGGUUGAGUGGUGAUGGUGAAAAGAGGAGCAAUGUGAAGAUGAACCUGCUAUUUUAAGCCUUUGGAGCAUUGUCAGUGUUGUUUGACGGCUUAAGUGUGCUGCUCAAUUGCUGAAUUAAUGAAUGCAGCAUUUAAUUAAAAACAACACAAGUAUAUUGCUGAACCAAAGGAAACGGAUGUUUUUCUUUGACUUUUUUUCAAUGCUGCUGUUCCUUGUGUGGCUGUGGCUAAUAUCUGGUGCACCUGUUGUUGAGAUGGGAUCUCAUCCUUUAGCAUGUCAGCCUAGGGUACGCUAUCCAAAUUCAUCUUUCCUUUUUGACACCUCACUGGCUUCAGGAACAUUUAAAAAAAACAAAAAUGCAUGCUCUGAAGCAGAAAUAUCACCUAGUCCUAGAGCUGCUCAAGUGACUUUUGUGGCCCAAGCAGGGUUUUUUGAAGAAAGGCCCCUGUGCUGAAAUGCUAACUUUGGGCCUGGUAAGCACAUGUAUAGAAAGAAACAAUAUGGCCAGCACUUUUGUUCAUGUUAUGCUUAGGUUUUAAAAGUCUAACUUCUAUGUUCUGGGUUGGAAAGCCAGGAAUAAUUCUCUUAAGCCCCCCACAACCCUGUUGGAAGUUAGAGGUGCAUUGUUGGUUUUAAACAGCCCAGAAGUAUAGAGAAGCAGCAUCCCUUGGUGAAAACUUCCAGCAAGGAUUACUCAGGAGAUUACUCUGUUUAAGUAAUGCAUGUUCCCACUGCUCAGAACUUUAGUAUUGACCCAUCUGUUGUUUGAAACCAACAUUCUGAGUGGUAAGAUAUUCUCAAAUGAAAUGUAUCUAUCUGUAAAGUUGUAUGUUGCUGCCUAAUCAAGAUCAAAUAAA